AUGGCCAGAUCCACCACCAAAAAGACUAAGAGAUCCCGAGGACAUCGGAACCCAAGCUCCAGAAAGAAAUCACGUCCCUGCACUGAUUUCAACCGAAAUUACUCACUCUACAUCCGGAGGGUCCUGAAAGAAGUGGAUCCCCAGAGGAGCAUAUCAACUGGCACCUUGAACAUCAUGAACUCCAUGAUCAACAGCAUCUUUGAGCGCAUUUCUACGCAAGCCUACAAUCUGAUGAGCUACAGAAACCGUUGUACCCUCACCCAUGGAGAUAUCCAGAAGGCAAUGUAUAUGCUGUUUCCUGGGAAACGAGCUAAAUACGCAGUGACUUUUGGAAGUGAAGCUGUCCAAAGAUAUGUCCACUCCAAAAACCAUUUUCCAGCUUAA